AUACACAGUCAGAGAGAGAGAGAGAAAGAGAGAGAGAGAGAGUGACUGGAAGCCUGCAGCAGCAAAUGAGAUAGAACAACGAGGCGGGAGAGGUAGGAACACAGACAGAGAGGGAGGGAGAGGGGCCCCGUGUUGGAGAGAGGGCUACAGGCUGAGGAGGAAGAAGAAGGAGUAAGAAAAAGUUAGGAGAAGUAGGAAAGCGGGUGUCCAAGGAAGGGAAAGAAAGGGUGCAGAGAUUAACAAAUACAGGAGAGGAAAAGGGGAAACAACAGACAGGAAGGAAGGAAGGGGAGGGAGAAGUCUUGGGUUAAACGAAAGGAAAAAAAAAGAACUGAAGAAAAGUUUUCUAGUGGGAAGACGCAGAUGAGGAAAACAGAGCGAGUGAAUGACUGGGCUGGAGAGAACAGGGGGGGAAGGAGAGCAGUUGUUCUCUAACGCGAUUUCCACACAAUCCUCUGGACGUCUUUGGACAUGUACACUGAAAGCGCACAAACAGCGGGACACCACCGAUUUUUUCAGCAUAAAAGCGCCCCCACCCCCUGCCAGCACUGUGUCCACUAUGAGCAGCCACACAGUCAUCACGGGGGUGGGCUGGGAUACCAACCAGCAUCAGCCAGACAGACGGACCACCCAUCACUGGACUGCUGGAGAGACAUCCAGGCUCCUCAGGUUAAGAACGUUGGAGGCAGAGCUUUCUUAGUGGACAAAGUUGAGAGAAGUGGUCAUCGCAGCCCACAGAGGAGGCCUGUGUUUGUACAGCCUGGCCCUUACAGUCAUUCUGAUGACUUGAGCCAAGUUUGCCCGUGGGACUUCAACCCUGCCCAGUGGAGUUACGCACUGGAGUCCGGGGUGAGACACUGCCCGUCUGUCAGAGAACAGUGUGGCUGUGUGGUACACGGUGACACCAGGGCGCACACCUUUAAGCUUGGGACACCACAUCCUCUGCCUCACCUUCAGUUCAAAGGUCAAGGAUACAGACACAGGAGGACUGUCAGGUAUGUCUCCGUGGAUGAGGAAGAGGAAGUUUGUGAAUGCAGCCAUCACGUGGAGCUCCAUGGUCCCCAUUUGACUCAUUUGCCAAAUGGCCACUGUGGACCAAGGCCAGUGCUUUUCGAGGGAGGGGAGGAAAGAGAUAGUCAUCAGGACUGGAGCAAACAGAAGGGUGGAUCAGAGGAAGGUUAUAAUGGACCUGAAGCCAUACACAGAGCAUUCUUCCCCACUGAAGUCCCACAAAAACAGUUGAACCAAAGCAGGAGGAAGGGGUCGUGCAUCCCUCCCUCUGGCAUCACCAGUACGGAAACCUCGAAGUUGACAAACAACGACGAACACCAGCACCAGGGUUCAGAGGACGUGAAGCCAAAGAGGCAGGAGGACUCAGUGAGGGAUCAGAUCAGACAAGUUGUGGCAGGUCUGGAGGAUGUGCUGGGGGGUUUGAAGCAAGUUCAUGUGGAGAUGAAAGAGGUGGUUGAGCAGAUUGAUCGGCUCACGGCCAAUAUCGACCUCAGCGAGGAGGCGGCCUGCAGCAGUCUGGGGGUGUUCAAUAAUUUUGACAGCUCAGCUCCUUCAGGUGACAGCAGGAUGGUCCUGCUCACCAAUCACAAGCCUGCUCCAGUUCAGGAGUCACAGCACGACGAGGAAGACCGCAUCAUCUUAAGGACUAACGCGCCCUCCCCCGUCUACAUGGCAUCUGUCGUUAAAACCAGCCGCUUCACCCCACCCAUCCACAGUAAGAAUGUCAACCAUGAAAGGUCAGGUGUAAACGGCCAUCCGCCUCACCUGUACCCCUACAGUGGCCCAACUCAUUCAGAGCCCCUCCCACAGAGUCUGGACCCUAAGGUCAUUAUUGGGAACAGCACGUCCAGUUCAAGAACUCAGAAGCCUCCACCUUAUCCUCAAAAUGGGCGGUGUGGCAAGGGCUCGUACUCGCCUCCGAAACCUGUGAGGACCCCUGCCUACCCUGGGAGAGGCCGCCAGAGCACCAGCAUGGUGUGAAGGAGAGGGGAGGUGGUCUGCCCUGGUGCCACGGGGGCCUGAAACAUGAGAUCCUACUGCAGUGAGUGGCGGUCAGGAGGGAGCAGGCAGGGGAACAACUCAUGCAGGAGCUGAUGCGAGUGAGAAGACCUGACAGCUGAUGGAAGCAGAGCACGGCCUGAAGGUGGAGAUAUUUCCAAAGGGAAAAAUUCUCCAUGAGUCGACCUGUGACUGUAUGUCUUGCAAGCACAGCAGCAUGGACGAGUGGCAGUCAGACCUUUCUGAGAAUUCCGUUUUUUCUUCUGUUGCUGGAAAUGUAGUGGCAAAUAAUUCCGAACAACAAUAAGCUGAACUGCUAUGAACACAAAUAGAAACAUAAUAUGGUAAAAUAAUCUAUUCAUGCCAGUAUUAAUUUAUUUUUUACUACAUUUUUUAUUGCAAAAACAUCUAUUAUCAGGCAGCUUACACCAGUCUGGAUGCUACAAAUACUAUAGUAUGCUAUAUAAAGAUGUAUGACAUCCAAACUAUAAGAGAUCAUUUACAACUCAAAUCGUCGCAGGUAAAACCAGCGAUGGCAGAGAAAAGUUGGAGAAGCAGAGUGGGGAUUAAACUGCACAGAUCAGUUAGACAUCUCAAUUAUCGCACUGUAGAGAUGUUGUAUUGACUGCCUUGUAAUAAGGAAUAAAAGAAACAACUCCAGCAUUUUA